AUGGUUGUCAUCAAGCGAUUCCGAACAGUCUGGGGUGUCGAGUCUGGAAAGGACUUUGAGAACUGGAUCCCAUGGUUUCCUGAUCUCAAGAAGCAAGGCUAUGCUGGUGUUGAAGUUGAUAUCACAGAUCGUGAUGCCGACAACCUUGAGCAAUUGCGAAAGAUCUUGGAUGAUGUUGGCCUGGAAGCCACUGUGCUGCCUAGAGAUCUCACGCCAGAUGUUCACCUUGAUAUUUACCGCCAGAACCUCGAGCGCGCAAAGAUCCUGAAGCCUGUCAAGAUCAACGCCCAAUCCGGAGGGGAUUACUGGAGUCUUGACGAAUCAGUUUACUUCUACAAGAAGACCCUCGCCAUCGACAAAGAGCUGGGUCUCACGGGCCUCGUCAGCCAUGAGACGCAUCGAAAUCGAUCUUUAUUCACGCCGUAUGCUGCCAAAUAUAUCCUGCCUAAGGUCCCAGAGCUUCGAGUGACGGCAGAUGUCUCUCACUGGGUUGUCGUCUGCGAAAGACUUCUAGACCUUGGUGAGGAAGACAAAGAGAUUCUUGAUCUCCUUAUCCCAAGAGUCACCCAUAUUCAUGCUCGCAUUGGAGCGACUCAGUCCUCACAGUGUCCCGAGCCAGAAGACCCUGUGUUCAAAGAGGAGCGAGACUUCUUUGAGAGGCUCUGGCUACGUAUUGUUAAGGCGCGAAGCAAGGAUAGUGAUCUCAUCACUUUUGUACCCGAGUAUGGGUAG